AUGUCUUAAUUAUUGGAUUAAGUUUUAAUGCAAUAAAAAUAGAGGAAGUAAGAAUUUGAUAUAUUAAGAGUCAUACAAUAAAAGGGAUUUUAAAAUUUCGUUAAGACUUUACAAUGCCACACUGUGAUAAUAAUAGUGAAGAUGCUUCUUUUGAACCAAAUGUUUGUUCAAAUAGAAAAAUUGAAUUAUAGUUACCAGAAAUAUAGACUUUAAAAGGUGGUUUUUUAAGUCCAGAUGCUGAUUAAGAUGAAGAAAGUCGUAGUAUGCUACAUGUAGAAACAAAAUAAAAAGUAAAUUUGUGGGUACAUGGAGGAUUAAGAAUCAUGUUUUACAUAACUAAAUUUAAUAAAUAAAUGAAAACUUACUCAACAGAAGUGAAAUUUAAAUCUUUGACUAAUAAUAUAGUCAAUUUAAUUUGUGAUGCUGCUAGUGAUGCAGAUAUUUUACUACAUAAAUUAAAUAAAGUUGAGUAAGUGAUGUAAUCCUUUAGAUGGUUAAUAAAUGAAAUUCCUGUAGUUGAUCCUGAUUCUCUAAUUAAAGUGCUUUGGGAUAUUUUUGUUUUAACUCAGAUUAUAAUUAAUAUAUUCUAUAUUCCCAUGAAAUUAGGCUUUGAUUUUGAAAGAGAAGAUUUAUUGACAGGAAUAUUUUUAGAAACUUUACCUUCUUGGACAUUUGUAAUGGAUAUUAUUUUAACAUUCUUUACAGCAUAUUAUAGUUAAGGAUAAAUUCAUAGAGAUAAACAAUAAAUUCUUAAACAUUAUGCUAAUUCUACAUUAUUAUGGGAUUUAAUGAUAGUAAUACCAUUUAUUUUAUCAUCUUAUUCAGUACCUUUCACAGAAUAUAUAUUAUUGUUAAGAGUGACAAAAGUUAAAUCUAUGAUAGAAUCAAUAGAAGAGGUAACAAAUCCAUCAAAUAAUGUAUAAACUCUUUUAGAAUUAUUCAAAUCAAUUUUCUUAGUUUUAUUUGUAUCACAUUUUUGUGCUUGUUUAUGGAAUUUGAUUGGAGAAAAUGAAAUAAAUCAAGGGUAAAAUUCUUGGUUAAAUGCUAAAAAUAUAACAGAAGCAGAAUGGUCUACAAAAUAUAUUCAUGCUUUUUAUUUUAGUACAAUUACAACUUUAACAAUUGGUUAUGGUGAUAUAGUUCCUUAAACUGAUAUUGAAAGAAUAUAUGUGAUAAUUAUGGCAAUGGUUAUUUGUGGUCUUUUUGGUUAUACUAUAUCUAGUAUUGGUAAUAUACUUAAAUAAUUAACUGAAAAAGAAUAAUAAUUUAAAUAAUAGAUGAUACAUAUAAAUAACUUUCUUAAAAAAAAAAAUAUUAACAAAUAAUUAAUGUUAUAAGUUAGAAAGUAUUUUGAAUAUUUUCUUAAAAUGGAACAAGAAUAUAAUGAGUUUGGAGAAAAAAUGAUGAACAAUUUAGAUAAAAAAUUAAAAGAAUAGGUUGCUAUAGAUAUGUAUUGUGAUAUGUUAAAGAAAUCAAGACUUAUUAAAUAGACAUUAUCUUUAAAAAGUGUAUAGAAAUUAUGUUCUUUUGUUCAUGAAAUUAAAGUUCCUCCUGAAGAAAUUAUAGCUUAUUAAAAUGAAUAAGCUAAUAAAUUAAUAUUUCUUUAAAGUGGAGAGCUAAGUCUAAUUUGUAUUCUUAUAUUUCUAAGUACUUAGGUGAUCAAAAAUUGAGAGAAACUAUACUAACUAAAAUAGAAAAAGGUAAAUUCGUUGGAGAAAAGGAGUUUAUUACAUAAGCAAGAUAUGAAUAUACAAUUAGAUCAGUUAAAUUUUGUCAAAUUGCUUUUAUUAAGUAAAAAUCAUAAUAAGUUAUAGUUAUGAAGAUUUCUUAAGAGUUAUUAGAGAAGAUUCACUUGAGGAAGAAAAUUAUUGUAUGCUUAGAGAUUAAAUGUUAUUUUCAGAAGAAAAAUAAAAUUAUGGAGAAGUAUGCUACAUUUGUAAAUGGACACACCAAUUUAAAAAGUUAAAUUAUAUAUAUAAUUAGAUGUCCAUUAGUUUUUGUCCAUUUCAAUUAAGAUAGAAUAAGAAAAAAAUUUAUGAUAUCAGAAGAUAUGAAUAGAUCUAAACAUGAAAGAGUUUUAACUUAAAAACAUUUUUAAAGAAAUAUAAUUAGAGAACAUGCUUUAGCUUUGAUUGUGAAUGAUAAUAUGAUAGCAAUAGAUGAUUUAACAGAUCAAUAUUUAGAUACACUUGGAUUUAAUAUGGAUGAUGAUGAAAAUGAUAGACUUAUUAAAACAAUUAAAAGUUAAAAAUCUAAUAAAUCUGUUAAAAGAGGUUUUACAGGUUUUGAAUAAUUUAGUAGUGAUUCAGAUAGUGAACAUGAUUCAGAAGUUUAAUUAAAUAAAACUAAAACACCUAAAUCAUCUAGAUAUAAUCAUUUAUAAAGUAUAGAAUAAAAGAAAGUCAAAUUUUAAGAAAUUUCUGAACCUGAACCUAAAAUUCUUAGAGCAUAAAAUUCAUUUAAAAGAAAAGCAGAUAAUAGACACAGAACUUUUUAGAGACUUACCUAAAUUUCAAAUAAUAGAUUUACACAUAUUUCUCAAAUUUCACAAGAAUAAAAUUAAAUCACUUAAUCUGUUACUGGUUAAAAUUCUAGUGUACAUAAAAUUAGAAAAAAUAAUUCUAAUUCAUAUUCAAAUAUGGAUUUAGAACUACCAAUUAUAACUUAAUCAAAAUUAGAAACUAUUAAUUAAUUGGAUGAAGUUCUUUCACAUAAAUUAAACGACAAUCAAAAUUAAAGAAUUGAUUUUGAAUUAGAUAGGUAUUUUAUAACUACAUAUUACUUUGUUAACUCUAAUUUAGAUAAGGUUUUAACAAAACUUAAAAAACCAAAGAAAACUUAAAGAUCAGAUCAUAUCUAAAGUAUCAUUAGAAAAUCUAAAAUUAAACCAAGCCAUUAUAGUCCUGGAUCAUAGUGA